AAUGUCCGGGCCGUCUGCUAGCGCUGGGCUGCUUCUCUUCUCAUCUGCGCUCGAGAAAAACGCCGGCGCCGUCUUUCUGUGACACUCCGCCCCUUCGCUCGCCGCCGCCGCUCUCCCCUCCCGCUUCACCAUACGCCACCGGCCUCCCUCCCUCCAGCCCCACCUUGCCUCUGGCUGUUUCCGUUGCCGGUGCUGUGGACAGUCUCCUGGAAGGGAAUCAGAGGCGGAGACCGAGCGAGGGAAUUGAAUCGGCGGCCUAGAAAAGAAUGCUCAAGUUCCUGUCCAAGGUGGUGGUGGAGUACAACCCGCUGGACCCGCGGAAGGCGGCGGCGGUGGAGCUCCUCGCGCAGUGCAACGGCCGCAAGGCCAAGGACUCCAACCCUGCCUGCUCGGUCGAGCUGCGGCGCCUGCCCGCGGCGGCCGCAGCUGAGGACCCCAAGGCCCAGCCUCCCCCGCGCGUCCUCGUCACCUACGUCAACGGUGCCGAGGAGGCCUUCGACGCCGCCGACGGCGCCACCGCGCAGGGCAUGCGCGACCAGAUCCUCGCCCGCGGCCGCCUACUUGAGACCGAGCAGCUCUUCCGCGAGGCCGGGGAGAAGUGGCCCGUAGUCAUCCCAGAGGAGGAGCUCGGCAUGUCAUUCCCCGGUAUCAAGCCAAAGAAAGCAGAGGAGAAGCCCCAGGCUUCAUGAUCCAGGCAGAGCUGUUUCAGUCUAGCAUGGUUAACUUGCAGAACAUCUGUACCCCCAUAAAUGUUACGUCAAGAAGAACACACCCUGCGUUCGGGAACUUGUCUUCCUAAGUGUGUUAUUGAUUAGUUCAGGUUCAGGGCAUGUCAUAUUUUCCGUUAAAGAGAUAGAUACUCAUUUGUGAUUUCUUAUUUUUCUCGAAACAUGUUAUAUCGAGAAGACGUUGAUGAACUCGUUCGGAUUGUUGAUUUAUAGUGAAAUACCGUUGUAAACCUUUUCUGUCCGAUCUGUUGUGCACAGAUUUAUUCAAAAUAAGCUUCCCAUGUAUUCUUGUA